AUGGCUGAGGAUAGAGUGCAAAGUUUUGUUGAUGGUCCCACACCGGAGCUGUUGGGGCAGUUGACUAAGGCUGAGUUAGUGGAAGCUGCUCGUCUUUUAGACAUUUCGGUUCGUCCUUCACUUAGAAAGGAUGAGAUUAAGGACCGCAUUUGUCAGUUUUUGGUCAAAACGGACAUUUGGUCAACUCGUGCUGAUUCUGAGGAGGAGGGGGACGAUUCUGCGUCUUCUGAUGGAUCCCAUGAUUCUGCAUUAGAUCUAAAAACUCUGGAAGCACAGUUGAAAUUGAAGGAGCUUGAACUUCGUACAAAAGAGGUUGAGCUACAGAUGAAGAGCCUAGAUUUGAAAUCUAAGGAAUUGGAUGUGAGGAGUGGUGAUUCCUCUGGCAAGUUUGAUGCUUGUAAGUAUGUUAGGUUGGUUCCUAAGUUUGAUGAGAGUAAGGUAGAGGAGUUCUUUCAGCAUUUUGAGAAGGUAGCUGUCAAUUUAGGUAGGGAGAGAUCUGUCUGGCCAACUUUGGUACAGAGUGUGCUCAUCGGUAGGGCCCAGGAGGUUUAUGCCUCAUUGUCUGUGGAAGAGGGGGGUUGCUACGAGCAACUGAAGUCUUCUGUCUUGAGGGCUUACGAGUUAGUGCCUGAGGCACAUAGGCAAGCAUUUCGCAAUACUAAAAAGGGCGAACGGGACACUUAUGUGGACCUGGUUCGUAAGAAGGUUGUCCAUUUUGAACGAUGGUUGUCCUCAACUGGUGUUAAUAGCUUUGAGAGUUUGAAGGAGCUUAUGUUGAGUGAGGAGUUGAAACGUUCGGUUUCACAUGAGUUAAGGCAGUACUUAGAGGAGCGUGACGUGAUGAACGUUCAGAGGGCAGCAGUACUCUUGGAUGAAUAUGUAUUAACACAUAAGGUAGUUGAUAGGAGUAAACCUCAAGGGAAGGUUAAUCAGUUUGUUGGUAAGAAAGAUUCUUCAUGGAAAGAUGAGAGUCAAGGUAGUAACAAUACUGUCAAGAGUGGUAAUAGGCAAAAACCUGUUCCUGGUCCUUGUUAUUACUGUAAGCAAGAAGGACAUAGAAUGUCUGAGUGUAGUAAACUGAAGAAAAAGAGAGAGAAAGAGGGGUUUGGUGAGAGGAAAGUAGUUCCUAAUGCAUUAGCUAGUGUCAAGAGGGAGAAUAGAGCAGUAUCUGUAGGGUACAAACCGUUUGUGACUGAAGGUUUUGUAAGUUUGUCAGGUAGUAGUGAGGAGGUUCCUAUCCGUAUUCUUCGGGAUACUGGGGCCACCCAGACUCUUCUCUUAGCUAAUGUUUUGCCUUUUUCUGAGGACUCGGCUGUUCAUUCAGAUGUGUUUGUAAGAGGGAUAGGUGGUGUAAUUCAGGUGCCUUUACAUAGUGUGAAUUUGAAGUCUGCUAUUGUGUCGGGUCAGGUGGAUGUUGGAGUUUCUCCUGCCUUACCGGUAGAAGGUGUGUCGUUGCUUGUGUUCUGUCAAGUAGAUAAUAGCAAAUCUGCUGAAGAUGGUAGUGGAGUUAAUCAGGAUGGUGAAUCUGAUGUAGGACUUAAUAGGUUGUCUUUGAUCGAUGCUCAAGGCAAAGAUCCUGAGUUGGUUGGAAGUAUCAAUAGUGCUCUGUCUGAGGAGGAAGCUGUUAAUGAAAGCACAUGCUUUUACAUGAAGGAUGAUAUUCUCAUGAGGAGAUGGAGACCUCCAGAUGCAAGUCUUGAUGAAGAUUGGAGGGUUAUCCAUCAGGUUGUGGUGCCUAAGGUCUUUCGUAGGCAGAUUUUGAAAGUUUCACAUGAAACUGAUCUUGGUGGACACCUUGGUGUCAAUAAGACUGUUAACAGAAUUCUGAAACAUUUCUUUUGGCCAGGGCUGCGGAGUGAUGUUAGUGAAUUUUGUAGGGCAUGUCAUGCGUGCCAAGUUGUUGGCAAACCCAACCAGAAGAUUCCGCCGGCGCCAUUACGGCCCAUCCCGGCAUUUGAUGAGCCAUUUUCAACAAUUAUUGUUGAUUGUGUUGGUCCACUGCCUAAGACUAAGGCUGGACAUGAGUAUCUCUUGACUAUGAUGUGUGCAGCAACCAGAUUUCCCGAGGCAGUGCCACUUCGUAGAAUAACAGCUCAGAAUGUUUGCAAAGCACUGGUGAAGUUCUUUUCGUUGGUAGGAUUACCAAGGAUUAUUCAGAGUGAUCAAGGCUCUAAUUUCACUUCCAAGUUGUUCAGACAAGUAAUGUCGCAGUUGGGAAUUCGAUGCGUGAAUUCGAUUGCCUAUCAUCCUGAGAGCCAAGGGGCAUUGGAAAGGUUUCAUCAAACCUUGAAGAACAUGAUGAGAACUUAUUGCUUUCAGUGUGAGAAAGAGUGGGACGAGGGACUACCCUUACUCUUGUUUGCAGUUCGGGAGUCUGUGCAAGACUCAUUAGGAUUUAGUCCAUUUGACUUGGUAUUUGGCCACACUGUUCGUGGGCCUUUAUUGGUGUUGAAAGAGAAGAUGCUUGAAUCGGAUGAGAAGUGUGGAUUACUAGAUUAUGUAUCUCGGUUCCGAGAAAGGUUGUCUUAUUCAAGAGAACUUGCUAUGCAGCACAUGAAGACUGCUCAGGCAGACAUGAAGAAAGUGUUUGAUCGCAAAGCUAGGGAGAGAAGCUUUGAUCCCGGUUCUAAGGUGUUAGUGCUCUUGCCAAUUCCAGGUAAUUGUUUGCAGGCUCGGUACUCUGGUCCAUACGUUGUGGAGGAGAAAGUGAGUGAGGUGAACUAUGUAAUUCGCACUCCGGAUAAGAGAAAACAGAAACGUCUUUGUCACAUUAACAUGUUGAAAGAGUAUGUAGAGAGCAGUGAGGAUUGCAAAGCGAAGUCGGUUGCGAGUGUUGGUGUUGCUUGUGGUAGGAGUGAUACUGUUGACGUACAACAGGAAGUUGGUCUUUCCUUGCCUGAAGUUAAGCUUGAGAAUUCAGAAGUUCUGGAGAAUCUUGGUGAAAGGUUGAAUUAUCUUCCAGUGAGUGAGAGAGAGUCGUUGCAGGAGUUGAUUUCCGAAUACAGUCAUUUGUUUGGUGAUGUUCCCAGUAGAACCACUCUCGUAGAACAUGUUGUUGAUGUCGGGGAGUGUAACCCAAUUAAGCAACAUCCGUAUAGGUUGAAUCCGUCAAAGUUGGAAAUUCUCAGGAAGGAAGUUAACUACAUGAUUGUCAAUGACAUUAUUGAGCCAAGUAGUAGUCAGUGGAGUUUUCCUUGUGUAUUAGUACCAAAGAAGGAUGGUAGUUAUAGAUUCUGUACAGACUAUAGGUUGUUGAAUUCCAAGUCCAAAUCAGACUCGUACCCCAUACCUCGCAUUGACGACCUGAUUGACAAAAUGGAAGUGCCAUGCAAAUGGUCUCUACCAAUAUAA